AUGGAGAAGCCAGUUCAAACCUCUGACCUCGACACUAUGCAACCACUCGAUUCCAUACCAUUGGGGCUUCCCCAGCUGCCUGGUCAUAUCGCAAGGAGAGAGGAACUUACGACUUACCACAGCCGCAGAAUUGGACGCAUCGCUCCAGGCCUUGGGCCUAAAACGCCAUCUGGAGCAGGAGACGCAGGUACCGUGGUGAAGAACACUACAUAAUUGGGAGAUAGAUAAGCUCAUACCGUUCCAGCCAUCUAGAACCCACAAAACGGGCCUGGCCCCCUCCUCUGCAAAUUCAACUUCCAGUAACCCAGGGAGCAAGGAACAGCACAGACCAGGUACCUGAGGAACUGAAUUCAUUCAGCCUUAUUCAAAGGCCUGCCCUGCCCCUCCCUGUCCUCCCUAGUCGGGAACAAUGUGAUCAGUUUUAGGUUCCAAAGUUCAGCGUUCAGCAACAAGGUGCCUUCACCCACAAAAGGGCCCCAGAAACCAAGGGAGACCACCGGGGGAGAGCCCUGGCAUACCUGGGCGCAAACACACCUGCUCAUAUACAAGCGCUUACCUUGGAGAAAGCCAAGGCAAAAUAUGAGUCUUUGUGUCGCUGGUACUCGGCGAUACUAUCCCAUGGUGCGUGCAACGGUAGCCUAG